GGGGGGGUGAGGCGGUGGAAUCUAGAUUUAAUUUCAAGAUUUAAAUCUUCAAUGUCUGUUUGUAUUCUCAUUAAGCACUGCUUAUAGUGUAACAUCGAGCGAUAAGAAAUCGCAGGAUUUUAGACGAAGGCUUAUUUAAUAAAUCUCCGUUAGAUUGAAAUUGAGAAUCGUUGCCAAACAGCCAGCCUCGUGUCUUAUGCUCAUAAAAAUUUGAAUUUGCGUCUGAUAUGAAGCAGAAGAAAGUGCAAUGGAUGUGAACAGUUUUCAUGUCGGAAUAGCUAUCAUUUUCACAUGUCUCUGUGCACGUAUUUCAUCCUUGCACUGCUGCGCGGGCCACAACCGGACAUCCAGUCUGCUCGGGGUGGAGAUCCGGGCCUGCGGCAGCGCGGAGGCGGGCUCUGGAUUACACGUGCACCUUGCGUGCCCGAGCAAAUACCUGUUGGUCGACAUUGAGAUCCAUGUGGGACGCUCGCGUGACAAGUGCGUGGGGCAAACGGCGGAUCUCAUAGCGGCGGUCAACUUCUGCUACUGGAAACAAAGCUGCAUCGUUUCGUUUCCAAGGAAACAGAUGAUCACGUGCAAGCCUACCAUUCAGCAGAGCACCGAAGAGAAUUGUCCGUGCUUUCUGGCCAUGCCGGACAUGAUUCUAGUCACGCGCGCUAAAUGCGCCGAAAGUAAAUACGUAAAAGACCUAAAAUGCAAAAAGAGACCUAAUGGACGGAAGAAAAAGCGCAGAAACAUCACAAAAGGGAAGUUAAAACGAAGGAACGUCGAAGAAAGAGAAGCAAAACACAGACCCUCCGCAAAAAGGGCUUUAAAACACAAACACAUCAUGAAAAGGUCGGUAAAACGCAAACGAAACGGCAAACGCGUAAAAGUUGGAAUCAUACGUAGUCACCAAGAGUAUCCGUGGUUUUACAAGACACUCAACGAAACAAACGUGUGCAGUUUUAACAUCAACCACAAGAAGAAAGAUAUAGUUGUCUUGGAAACAAAAGUGAACAACAUUUGUACGUUUGAUGGGCUGAAGAUUGUCAGUCAGUACGGUAGUAAGGAGAACGAGAAGUAUGACAUAUUUGACAAUAACUUAACUGUGAUAAACAGCACGGACAGCGGAAAGGUGACAGUUGCGUUCACCAGAAACACCGAAUUCGGGUGCGGGGGAUUUAUAAUAUGCUAUAAAGUUACCGACUCUAUAGGUCGACAAGACGUGUGUGAAGAACUGAUGGAAAAGGACGCAAUAAUGACGAUCACUUCCGGUAGUCUCUCUGGAUCAUCACAACCAAAAGAUUACACCGAACAGUGCGCAGAUAACGGGACGGACACUUGCUGCGGUGACACAUAGUUAGGUGUAACCUCCAUGUGUAACACGCAAACAGAGAUGUGCUGACAUUAAACUGCAAACCUUUGGCUCAUCAGAUGAGGAAGAGCAGUAGGCUGUUGGACAUUGUCAGACGUGUGGUGUUUGAUAUAGAGCCGGGCAAAAAACUUUUCAGACUCUGUUAAAUACAAAUCAUUUUAUUGCUUGUUCACGUACACAACUUUAUAGUCACGGGAACUCUAUAGGACGCGCUAAUGUUCAGUUUGCGUGUGAAACAUGAACGUAUAUUAUAUAUCAUUUGAAUAAUUUACAUUCAAGUGAGAUUUUCAUUAACAGUCUGAUUCAAUAAAUAUGGACGACGUAAGCAUUGGGGGUGGGGGGGAGGUAAAGGGGUUGAAAAUGGCGUUCAAACCCACUCCACAACACACUUUUUCAGGUCUUACUUGUUUUACUUAUUUUAACCCAUUUAUGCCUAGUGGACUCUCCCAUCCUUUUAAAUUGGAUCAAUUUAUUUUCAAAAUUAGGGAUUUCUAGAUUAUUUAUUUCUAUACAUAAAAUACUUCUUAUAGAAAUUCCUUUAAGCAAACAGCGCAGACCCUGAUGAGACGCCGCAUCAUGCGGCGUCUCAUCUGGGUCUACGCUGUUUGCGAAGGUCUUUUUUUCUAGACGCUAGGUAUAAAUGGGUUAAUGCAAAGUCUGCGAUUUGAUUGAUUGUCUUUUUAAGAUUAUUAGACAACAUGCUUUUAGUUCAACUGGUCAUAUAGUGAUUUAAGGUAAAAAAAUAAUGGCAACGCCACACUGAUCAGAUGAUUUAUAUAUACUUUACUUAUAAGAACGUAGCAAACUACUUUUAAAAAUCUUCUCUACAACGAAAAGAGUCAGAUGUAUUAUAUUUGGCAUAUAACAUCGUAUGGUUGUCCUCUACCACGAUUGUUCCAAUAAUUUCAUUUAUUCCAAACCGGGACCCGCCCCGUGGGUUAUGUAUUUCCGAUAAUAUGUAUAAAUUAAACACUAAUUAUCAAUUA